CGAUAUGACACACCUAUGUUGCUAUCAACCAGAUGCUCCUUCACCAAGUCCGAACUGAGGAGGGGAUUCCAAGCUCCGACUCAACUUUGUUUAGCGAGCGACUUAGUCCGGUACAACAUUGGAUGUAAGUCAGGUUCUGAAGGUUGAGGAAGCCCUAUGUUCGAGCUGCAGUCCUGGUAAGGAGUGACGCAGAUGUAUCAGGGCAGGAACACUUGCCUCCCUGAUAGCAACUCCGCUGAAGGUUCGCCAUUUAUAUUCUCCCUGUCUUGUUGUCCUACGGUAUCAUUUUGCGGGGGAGGCUGUUCAUCGUUGAGGUUAUACCACUAUAUUGGAUCCCAAGAAAAGCUAGUGAAAAUGGCAAGAGUCUGGGAUGAGCGGACAGAGCAGAGUGGUGGUAGCAAGUUGGUUAGGCAGCAUGACGAACAUGUGCACGUGCUUGCGAGCGUUGACGCCGAGAAUUUUCGUGAGAGUGGAUUAGGGUCAAAUAUAGUUUCCAUAACGAGUAUAGUCAGACCGAACCAAAGAAGAAAGUUGCGCUCGACUCUCGAGAUUGAUGUCAAUGUUCUGAGUUGCUGGCCUGCUGCGCCUGCGAUUUUGUUGACACUCGUGUUCACAGUAUCGAAGAUGUCAAAUUCUAGACUCUAGAUAUCCCAUGACCUCAGACUCGAUGAUCAAUUGACUUUAGCAUGACUGUACCAUCAAGCUCACCUCACCUUCAACCUACGUUUCAGGCGCACUUGUCAUCCUGA